CGGGCGCAGAAAAGACAAAGCCGCGUCCGGGGGCCCGGCCGAGGGGUGGGCCCGGGGCUCAGUGGCGCCCGCGGACCCGCGUGCCGCCGCCUCGCAACAGGUCCGCCGCUCGCGCUCCACUCCCCUCCCCCGGGGGCGCCUCCGCUCGGCCGGGGCCGCGGUUCGGCCACCCGCUUCGAUGCGGUUCGGGUCCAAAAUGAUGCCGAUAUUUCUUACCGUGUACCUCAGUAACAAUGAGCAGCACUUCACAGAAGUUCCGGUUACUCCUGAAACAGUGUGCAGAGAUGUGGUAGAUUUAUGCAAAGAACCUGGCGAGAGCGACUGCCAUUUGGCUGAAGUGUGGUGUGGCUCUGAACGUCCAGUUGCUGAUAAUGAGCGAAUGUUUGAUGUUCUUCAACGAUUUGGAAGUCAGAGGAAUGAAGUUCGUUUCUUCCUUCGUCAUGAACGCCCCCCUGGCAGGGACAUUGUGAGUGGACCAAGAUCUCAGGAUCCAAGUUUAAAAAGAAAUGGUGUAAAAGUUCCUGGUGAACAUCGAAGAAAGGAGAAUGGCGUUAAUAGUCCUAGGAUGGAUCUGACUCUUGCUGAACUUCAGGAAAUGGCAUCUCGCCAGCAGCAACAGAUUGAGGCCCAGCAACAAAUGCUGGCUACUAAGGAACAACGUUUAAAGUUUUUGAAACAACAAGAUCAGCGUCAACAGCAACAAGCUGCUGAGCAGGAGAAGCUUAAAAGACUAAAAGAAAUAGCUGAGAAUCAGGAAGCUAAGCUAAAAAAAGUCAGAGCACUUAAAGGCCACGUGGAACAGAAGAGGCUAAGCAACGGGAAGCUCGUGGAGGAAAUCGAACAGAUGAAUAGUUUGUUCCAGCAGAAACAGAGGGAGCUCGUUCUGGCUGUGUCAAAAGUGGAGGAACUUAGCAGACAGCUGGAGAUGCUCAAGAACGGCAGGAUCGACGGCCACCACGACGGCCAGUCCGCCGUGGCCGAGCUUGACCGCCUCUACAGGGAGCUGCAGUUAAGAAACAAAUUGAAUCAAGAACAGAAUGCCAAGCUACAACAACAGAGAGAGUGUUUGAAUAAGCGUAAUUCAGAAGUGGCAGUCAUGGAUAAGCGUGUUAAUGAGCUGAGGGACCGGCUUUGGAAGAAGAAGGCAGCUCUACAGCAAAAAGAAAGUCUCCCAGUUUCAUCUGAUGGAAACCUUCCCCAGCAGGUGGUGUCAGCCCCAAGCCGUGUGGCUGCGGUAGGUCCCUAUAUCCAGUCCUCUACUAUGCCACGGAUGCCCUCCAGGCCUGAACUGCUGGUGAAGCCUGCCCUGCCAGACGGUUCCUUGGUGCAGGCUUCAGAGGGGCCGAUGAAAAUACAGACACUGCCCAAUAUGAGAUCGGGAGCCGCUUCACAAACUAAAGGCUCCAGAAUCCAUGCAGCUGGCCCUGAAUGGAGCCCUACAAAUGCAGAUCUUUUCCCGAGCCCAGGCUCUGCUUCUGUACCUCAUAGUGCUGGGAAUGCUCUAGACCCAGUUGACGAUGGAGAGGUUCCACUGAGGGAGAAGGAGAAGAAAGUGCGUCCCUUUUCCAUGUUUGACACAGUGGACCAGGCUGCUGCCCCGCCCUCCUUUGGUACUCUGAGGAAAAACCAGAGUAGUGAGGAUAUCUUGCGGGAUGCUCAGGCUUCAAAUAAAAAUGUAGCUAAGGUACCACCUCCUGUUCCUACAAAACCCAAACAGAUUAAUUUGCCUUAUUUUGGACAAACUAAUCAGCCACCUUCAGACAUUAAGCCAGAUGGAACUCCUCAGCAAUUGUCAACAACUGUCACAUCCAUGGGAAAUAAACCGAAGCCCGCAGGGCAGCAGCCCAGAGUGCUGCUGUCUCCCAGUGUGCCUUCAGCUGGCCAAGACCAAACCCUUUCUCCAGGCUCAAAGCAAGAAAGUCCACCUGCUGCUGCUGUCCGGCCCUUCACUCCCCAGCCCUCCAAAGACAACCUACUUCCACCCUUUAGAAAACCCCAGACCCUGGCAGCAAGCUCCAUAUAUUCCAUGUAUACACAGCAUCAGGCUCCAGGAAAAAACUUCCAACAGGCCGUGCAGAGUGCGUUGACUAAGACACAUACCAGAGGGCCACACUUUUCGAGUGUAUAUGGCAAGCCUGUGAUUGCUACUGCCCAAAAUCAGCAGCAGCACCCAGAGAACAUUUAUUCCAGUAGCCAGGGCAAGCCUGGCAGUCCAGAACCUGACACAGAGCCUGUUUCCUCAGCUCAGGAGAACCAUGAAAAUGAAAGAAUUCCUCGACCACUCAGCCCAACCAAAUUAUUGCCUUUCUUAUCUAAUCCUUACCGAAACCAGAGUGAUGCUGAUUUAGAAGCCCUACGGAAGAAACUGUCUAAUGCACCAAGGCCACUAAAGAAACGUAGUUCUAUUACAGAGCCCGAAGGUCCUAAUGGGCCAAAUAUUCAGAAACUUUUGUAUCAGAGGACCACCAUUGCUGCCAUGGAGACUAUCUCCGUCCCAUCGUACCCAUCUAAGUCGACUUCAGUGACUGCCAGCUCAGAAAGCCCAACAGAAAUCCAGAAUCCAUAUUUACAUGUGGAGCCCGAGAAGGAGGUGGUCUCUUUGGCUCCUGAACCAUUGUCCCCCGAGGCUGUGGGGAGUGCCAGUACAGAGAACAGUGACAUGCCAGCUCCUUCUCCGGGCCUUGAUUAUGUGCCCGAAGGAGUCCCAGACAACAGCCCAGAUCUUCAGCAUAGCGUGGAAGAACCAAAGCCAGAGGCUCCCCGUCUCCUCGAUGUGUACCUAGAGGAGUACCCUCCAUACCCGCCCCCACCAUACCCUUCUGGGGAGCCUGAAGGGCCGGGAGAAGACUCGGUGAGCAUGUGCCCGCCUGAAAUUACCGGGCAGGUCUCUCUGCCUCCUGGCAAAAGGACAAACUUGCGUAAAACCGGCUCAGAGCGUAUUGCUCAUGGAAUGAGGGUGAAAUUCAACCCCCUUGCUUUACUUUUAGAUUCGUCUUUGGAGGGAGAAUUUGACCUUGUACAGAGAAUUAUUUAUGAGGUCGAUGACCCAAGCCUCCCCAAUGAUGAAGGCAUCACCGCGCUUCAUAAUGCUGUGUGUGCAGGCCACACAGAAAUUGUUAAGUUCCUGGUGCAGUUUGGUGUAAAUGUAAAUGCUGCUGAUAGUGACGGAUGGACUCCGCUGCACUGCGCUGCCUCGUGUAACAACGUCCAGGUGUGCAAGUUUUUGGUGGAGUCAGGAGCCGCUGUGUUUGCCAUGACCUAUAGUGACAUGCAGACUGCUGCAGAUAAGUGUGAGGAGAUGGAGGAGGGCUACACUCAGUGCUCUCAGUUUCUUUAUGGAGUUCAGGAGAAAAUGGGCAUAAUGAAUAAAGGAGUCAUCUACGCACUUUGGGAUUAUGAACCUCAGAAUGACGAUGAGCUGCCCAUGAAAGAAGGAGACUGCAUGACAGUCGUCCGCAGGGAAGACGAAGAUGAAAUUGAAUGGUGGUGGGCACGCCUUAAUGACAAGGAGGGAUAUGUUCCACGCAACUUGCUGGGACUAUACCCAAGAAUUAAACCAAGACAAAGGAGCUUGGCCUGAAACUUCAUGGAAUUUUAGUCAAUGAAGAAUUAAUCUCUGUUAUCACUGAGAAGAAGCAAUCCACUUGUUUUUGGCAAAAAUUUUAAAAGACUUAUUUUAAUGACAGUGUAACUUCAAAGCAAUGAAGAAUGUCUCUGGAAAAAAAUGAAGGAUUGAAAAUUCACUGUUAGAGAACAUUCAGCACGAUGAAAUGGAGCUUACAAGUAAGCACACCACACUGUGUUGGUGCAAAGGUGUCCAUGUAGCACUCAGAAAAACACACAGUGACAAUCCUGUUUUCUACAAGAAAUAGGACCAUUUAUUGGACUGUUGGGAAGUCAGAUUUAUGUCCUGCUUAGUGGGCAUUUUCAGUAACUGCUUCUAUGCCAGUCCUCCUGCCAGGAAGGACGAGUGCCAUCGUGGCUCCAUUUCCGAUUGUCCCCAGCACCAGCAGGCCCUCGGGGCCUGCGUGAAGGCUGGAUGGCGCCAUAUACUUGUAUAUUAUCAGUGAAGAACUGUCAGCUGGUCGUCAGUGAGCAAUAACUUUAUCGUAUGAGUUCUUGUAGCAUCUUAAGAAUUAUACAUAUAUUUGAAAUAUUGAAACUAAGCUACACUACCAGUAAUUAGAUUUAGAAUCUUGUUUUUAGUCUGAAUUUGAAUCUAUAUUUAUUGUCUUUUGUAUCUCAGAAAUCAGAGAUUUGCUAUAGACUUACCCAUAUAACAUUUGUCAAGAUCAUAGCUGACUUUAAAAACAAUUGUAAUAAAUUGAACGUUUUGA